ACUGCAGUUUGUUUUUACAAGCAACCUCGCACACAUUACACAACUCCAUCAUUCAUCAUGUCCCAAGGCGAGUGCCCAGUGAAGAAGGUACCCAACGUCGCCGGCAGUGGUACCAGGAACACCGACUGGUGGCCCAAUGAGCUCAGGACAAACAUUCUCCGCCAGCACGACCCCAGACAGAACCCUCUCGGCCCCGACUUCAACUAUGUCGAAGAGUUCAAGAAGCUCGACUACGAUGCCUUGAAGAAGGACCUCAAUGCCUUGAUGACCGACUCGCAGGACUGGUGGCCUGCUGACUUUGGUCAUUACGGUGGUCUCUUCAUCCGAAUGGCAUGGCACUCUGCUGGAACCUACCGUGUUACCGACGGUCGUGGUGGUGGCGGUGAUGGACAGCAGCGCUUUGCUCCCCUCAACGCCUGGCCCGACAACGUCUCCCUCGACAAGGCUCGCCGCCUCCUCUGGCCCAUCAAGCAAAAGUACGGCAACAAGAUCUCAUGGGCCGACCUUAUGCUCCUCACCGGCAAUGUCGCCCUUGAAUCCAUGGGCUGUCCGACUUUCGGUUUCGCCGGUGGCCGUGCCGACACCUUCCAGUCCGACGAGUCGGUCUACUGGGGUGGUGAGACUGAGUGGUUGGGCAGCGAUGUCCGCUACGCUGAUGGUGCAAAGGGUGUCAAGGGCGAGGGCAUCAUGGACGGCGACCAGCACAAGACUGACAAGAGCGAACCCCACACAUCGAGGAACCUCGAACAGCCAUUAGCUGCCGCACACAUGGGUCUCAUCUACGUGAACCCCGAAGGUCCCGAAGGUAUACCCGACCCAGUUGCCGCCGCUCACGACAUCAGAACAACCUUUGGCCGCAUGGCUAUGAACGACGCGGAAACCGCUGCCCUCAUCAUCGGUGGCCACUCUUUCGGAAAGACCCACGGUGCUGCUCCCUCUGAGAACACCGGCCCAGACCCCAACUCCGAGGACCUCGCAACACAAGGAUUUGGCUGGAUGAACAAGCACGGUCGUGGCAACGGCCCAGACACCAUCACCAGUGGACUUGAGGUCACCUGGACCGGCACACCCACCAAGUGGAGCAACAAGUACCUCGAGUACCUCUACAAGUUUGAGUGGGAGCUGGAGAAGAGCCCUGCUGGUGCCAACCAAUGGGUUGCCAAGACCGACGAGCACAUUAUCCCUGAUGCGUACGACCAGAACAAGAAGCACAAGCCAAGAAUGUUGACCACUGAUCUGGCUAUGCGUAUGGACCCUGCCUACGAGAAGAUCACUCGUCGCUGGUUGGAGCACCCCCAGGAGCUCCACGACACUUUUGUUCGUGCAUGGUUCAAGCUUCUCCACCGUGAUAUGGGUCCUCGCUCCAGGUGGCUCGGUCCCGAGGUUCCCAAGGAGGUCCUUAUCUGGGAAGACCCCGUUCCUCAGCCAGAAGGCGAGCUCAUCGGCGAGUCCGAUAUUGCGACGCUGAAGAAGCAGGUUCUCGACGCUGGCGUUGAGCCCGCCAAGCUUAUCCGCACUGCUUGGGCUUCGGCAGCUUCGUUCCGUGGUAGCGACAAGCGUGGAGGUGCUAACGGCGCCCGCAUCCGCCUCGCUCCUCAAAAGGACUGGGAGGUCAACAACCCCAAGGAGCUCGCUGAGGUCCUCAAGGCUCUUGAGGGUGUUCAGUCCAAGUUCAACAGCGGCAGCAAGAAGGUUUCCCUCGCCGACUUGAUUGUACUUGCCGGUACCGCUGCUGUUGAAAAGGCCGCCGGUGUACAAGUUCCCUUCACACCUGGCCGCACCGACGCCACACAGGAGCAGACUGAUGCCAAGUCUUUCGAGCACCUUGAGCCUGUAACCGACGGUUUCCGCAACUACGGCAAGGGAACCGACCGUGUCCGUACUGAGCAGCUUGACGUUGACAAGGCCCACCUUCUCCGCCUCACAGCACCCGAGAUGGUUGUCCUCACUGGUGGUAUGCGUGCGCUGAACGCCAACUGGGACGGCUCAUCUCACGGCGUCUUCACCAAGCGCCCCGGUCAACUCACCAACGACUUCUUCGUCAACCUCCUCGAUAACAACCUCGAGUGGAAGGCGGCCGACUCUAGCAAGGAGCUCUACGAGGGUUUCGACCGCAAGUCCGGCCAGAAGAAGUGGACAGCUACCCGCCACGACCUAGUAUUUGGUCACCACCCUGAACUACGUGCGGUUGCCGAGACAUACGCCCAGGCCGACAACACGGACAAGUUUGUCAAGGACUUUGUGGCAGGGUGGGAGAAGAUUAUGAACAAUGACCGGUUCGACAUCAAGAACAAGUCGGUGAGUGCACAAUCGCGCGGGGCAAACAAGCCUCGUCUCUAGACGUAAGCUUUUUGUUUAAAAGCCCCCGAUCCUUGCGUGUCUUGUCUGUCAUCUUUUGCGGCGAGCGUAGCAUGAUGAGACGGUUGUGUACACUCUACUGACAUAAUUGUUUCUUUAGUAGGGAGCCUCUGCGUGACGUAGCACACGAAAAAAAAAACACAAGUGCAUAGCGUAGGAGAUGGCCCCAUGGGAGGAGAGAUACCUAGGUAGUCAAGUAGGCUGUGUAGGAAUAUGCAGAUCAAGGGGAAUAAAUCACUCAAACUACAAAAAAUGAAAUAUGUAAAAU